AUGUCAUACUCCCGUUUGAACACCCCAGAACCGACUCGCCAUCAUUUCUCCUCCUUCCCUAUGGUCAAGAUUCCCUUCAAAGCCACCCAGCCGCUGGCUAAGGGAGUCCCGAUGACCCCUGCUCGACGCAAGCGUCUCAUCUUUUCGUAUGCCCCUGAUUGGAUCAUCACAGUCGUGCUGGCCGCGCUCUUCUUUUCUUUGGAUACGGUGGAAGGGUAUCGGAGGCAGUUCUCAUUGGAGGAUGAUACAAUCCGCUACCCAUACGCUGUGCACGAACGCAUACCAAAUAUGGCACUAUUCGUAAUCUCUGUUGUCGCCCCCUUCUGUAUAAUGCCUAUUAUCAACAUCAUCACAGUUCGGUCAUGGUGGGACUUUCAUAAUAGCAGCCUCGGAUUGGUCCUCGGCCUAGCAAUUACAGGAGCCUUCACACAAGUUGUAAAAAUCACUGUUGGACGACCACGACCUGAUAUAAUUUCGCGGUGCCAACCUCCUAGUGGACUUGAAGACCCUCAGUAUGGCCUCACAGACUGGACGAUAUGCACACAGCAGGACGUCCAUACCUUGCGAGAUGGGUUCCGAAGCUUUUUCUCUGGACACUCAAGUUUGUCUUUUGCAGGACUCGGCUUUCUCUCAUUCUAUCUGGCUGGAAAGCUUCAUCUGUUCGACAGCAGAGGGCAUGCUGGCAAGGCAUGGCUAGCACUGUCACCUUUCAUGGCUGCGGCCCUUGUGGCUAUUUCAAGAACGAUGGACUAUCGCCACCACUGGCAGGACGUUCUCGUUGGCUCCAUCGUCGGCACCGCCCUCGCCUACUUCUCGUACCGCCAAUAUUAUCCCGACCUGUCAUCACCUCUCUCGCACCGACCUUACUCUCCUCGUAUCAAACGCGAAGAGGACCACGUCGGCCUACCGACGCAUAUUGCUAACCAAAACCCAUUCACGCACAAACCUGCUAAUGCCACAGACACCAGCGGACAUGGGAGGUACAAUGACAGCCACCACAACAGCCUUGACGGGAACAGCAAUGAAGACUACGAGCUGGAGGGCACUGUUCCAAGACCUGGACCAGGCCGACUAGAGGAUGUGUGGAGGGAAGGGAGCACCGGAGCACCGCAGACCAGACGGGGGCUGCCUGAGGGUUCUCCUGCACCUUACAUCCCUCCUUCUGCUGCCCCAAUACGGUCGCCAGACGCAACCUUCACACCUGUGCGGCCUGCACCACCUGAGGAACGCCUAUGA